AUGGCGUCCCCGCAGUCCCCGGCUGCCUCCAUUGGCAGUCUCGACAACGGCCCGCCGUCCCUCGAACAGCUAGUUGCCCACUUCGUCAACGCCAAGCGAUCCCUAGCCUCCAUCCACCAUGUCUGGCGCGCCAACGAGGUCGUCACCCAAGCUCGCCAGCUGCUGGAAGUCGACGCCGUGCUCACCAGCAAGAUCGUCUUCCUCCGCCGCGGGCUCGAGGACCAGACCAAGACGCUGAGGACACUGCGCUACGGAGUGGAUUUGGUGGGCGUCGAGGGCCACGAUGAGUUCAAGGAAAUGCUGACCAGCCUUGACGAAUCGUCGCACCACCUCCACAACACUCUCCACCUGCUGAAAGAAACACCCAUUCACAGCACCCUACAACCCCCGGGAACGCCCCAGAAAUACCUGUUCGAUUUCAUCGAUUCGUCCAGCGUCGAUGAUCUCGAAGCUUCCCUACGCGCCUGCAUAGACCGCACCAACGAGGCCGACUCCGCGCUGGCUGAGACGAUCGACGCUUUCGGAGCAUCGCUGGCACGCCUUGAUGAUGCCAUCGACACCUGUCCACCGCCUCCAGAUCCCUCGCCCUCGCCCCUGCCGCCCUCGUUUCGCCAGCUCGAAGGUCAUGCCACUGAGACCGCAUCGCUCCUCCAAUCCCUUGUCCGACAUUACGAUCUCUGCGUCACCGCGCUGAAACACACGGAAGGAGGCAACGAGGCAGCGACGCGCGCGGCAUCUGACGAGUCUCCACUCCCGAGCUCUCACGACCUGCCCCACGAUCUAGACCCCAACCUACAUGUCAACCUAGACCAACUGGACAUCGAUGUCGCGAGUCUGCGACCAGAUGCCCCACCUCCGCCGCCGAUGACGGAGGCCGAACGCGCAGACAUGUUGGCGGUGCUGGCGAACGAUGCCGCCGAAGUCGACGAUGUGGUGGCAGAAAUUCGGGACCGUGUGUCCGAUAUGGAAGCCCUUGCCGGUGAGAUGGCCGGCCACAUUGAGGCUCUUCAGGCAUCAUACUCGGCACAUCUCCAGGCUUUCCGCCUUAUGGCUGAUGUCGGCAAAGAGGUUCCUGAAUACCUUGCCAGUUGCCGCACCUUCCAGGCCCGGUGGGGAGAGGAGAAAACUAAGAUUGAAGAGGGCAUGUUGGCCCUUGAGGGUCUUCGAGAGUUCUACGAUGGAUUCCUCGAUGCGUAUGAUGGUCUGCUUGUUGAGGUGGACAGGAGAAGACAAGUUAGAAUCAAGAUGGAGAUCAUCGCACGGGAGGCUUUGAAGAAGAUUGAGCGACUCCAUGAAGAUGACCUCGCCGCGCGUAAUACUUUCCACGUUAUGCAGGGCGAACAUCUACCCUCGGAUAUUUGGCCUGGUCUCGUAGACCCGCCGCCUCGCUACGAUAUCGUAGUGUCGUCCGACCGCGACGCAGCACCCUCUGCAACCAUGACCGGAGACAAGCAGAGCAGGCGCCAAGCCGAGGUUGAAGAGAUAGAGAGACGCAUCCGGGACAUCAGCAUCCCCGCACUUCCUGACGAUGUCGUUGAAGGAGCCAUCCGUCGGAUGGAAGAGCGACGCGCGUGA